UCUCACCACAUCCUGGUUUUGUCAUCACAACACGCCAUGUUCACACAGUUGAACCUAUUUCCUGUACAUCUCUCUGACACACACACACCUUUUCUCUACACACUCUCUCACACACACAUUCUCUCUCUCUACACACCCUUUCUCCAUCUCACACUCUCUACAUACACACUUCCUGUCUGCUAAAUAACAGUGUCAGGAAUAUCAUCUAUCAUGGUGGGCUACUGUCCCAUCUGUGGGAAACCCGUCUACUUUGGUGAGAAGAAGAGGUCAUUGGGGCGGGACUACCACCCUCUGUGUCUGAAGUGUCAACAGUGUCAGAGACAGUUGACCCCAGGACAACAUGCUGAGGUAUGGAGAGAGAGGGAGGGAGGGAAGAGGAGGAGGGAGAGAAGGGGGACCCCAGGACAACAUGCUGAGCAUGAUGAGAAACCCUACUGCACUAACUGUUACAUGAAGAUGUUUGGUACCAGAGGUAACAGGAGACUGAUGUCAAACUGUCACAGCUCAGCCUCCUCUUCCUCUUCCUCCUCCUAGGAACCAGUCCUAGGAACCAGUCUAACCAAAAACCACCAAAAUACAACCUAAUGAGAACUAACAGCCUAUCAACAAGGAUCUAUGUUCAACAAACCUGACAUUCAGCCAUCAAGCCAAUGACCAACCAACUAGACCCAACAUUCAGCCAACCAACAUUUGACCAACCAAGAAAUACUCUAAAAGUCUCCCUCUUUCAGUCAGUCAUAAAACAACUACCUUGACCACAACAUUGUGUUCAAUGGAGAAACGGUUGUUCUUCAAUAAAACAGAAGCUUCUACAGUC